AUCUCUAUGCGCCGCGGUCGCUCUGGCCUGACGUCAGAAGCGCCGCGAGCUGUCUGGCCUUUAGGCCCUCUUCUUGGUUGAGGACAUGACCAACCAGUACAGUAUUCUCUUCAAACAAGAGCAAGCCCAUGAUGAUGCUAUUUGGUCAGUUGCCUGGGGGACAAACAAGAAGGAAAACUCUGAAACGGUGGUCACAGGAUCCCUGGAUGACCUAGUGAAGGUCUGGAAAUGGUCUGAUGAGAGGCUGGACCUGCAGUGGAGUCUGGAUGGCCACCAGCUGGGGGUGGUGUUUGUGGACAUUAGCCACACGCUGCCCAUUGCUGCAUCCAGCUCUCUGGAUGCCCACAUUCGUCUCUGGGACUUGGAAAAUGGCAAACAGAUAAAGUCUAUAGAUGCAGGACCUGUGGAUGCCUGGACUUUGGCCUUUUCUCCAGAUUCCCAGUAUCUGGCCACAGGAACUCAUGUGGGAAAAGUGAACAUCUUUGGUGUGGAAAGUGGGAAAAAAGAAUAUUCUUUGGACACAAGAGGAAAGUUCAUUCUCAGUAUUGCUUAUAGUCCUGACGGGAAGUACCUGGCCAGUGGAGCCAUAGAUGGAAUCAUCAACAUUUUUGAUAUUGCAACAGGAAAGCUUCUGCAUACGCUAGAAGGCCACGCCAUGCCCAUCCGCUCCUUGACCUUUUCUCCAGACUCUCAGCUCCUCGUCACUGCAUCAGAUGAUGGCUACAUCAAGAUCUACGAUGUACAGCAUGCCAACCUGGCCGGCACAUUGAGUGGCCACGCCUCCUGGGUGCUGAACGUCGCCUUCUGUCCUGAUGACACUCACUUCGUCUCCAGUUCAUCUGACAAAAGUGUGAAAGUGUGGGAUGUUGGAACAAGGACCUGCGUUCAUACCUUCUUUGAUCACCAGGAUCAGGUCUGGGGAGUAAAAUACAAUGGAAAUGGCUCAAAAAUUGUGUCUGUUGGAGACGACCAGGAAAUUCAUGUCUAUGAUUGUCCAAUUUAGACAUCAGCACCUACAAGGCAGAUGCUGUGGAGAUGAUGUGCAGAUUGAUGGGAUAUUCCUUCCCCUUUUAUGUGCAUUUAAAUUAAGAACUUGAGCACGUAUUGUAGCAGAGACUCAAAUUUUGUAGACACAGUAUAAAGAUUUUCCUGUUUUAAUGGAAAUGCUGUUCAUACUUAAUAAAGAACUCUUCCUGCAAC